AUGAAGCAGGGGCCACCGCCUCGUGAACACGUCACGGCGAUCGAAAAAUUAUUUGCCUAUCGCUUAGAGGCUGGUCAUGUGAGGGAAUCAACAUCCCCACACAGCUCGCCGACCUUCUGUGUGCGGAAGGCCACAGGAGGGUGGCGGAUAGUGCACGCGUUCAACAAACUGAACGCUGCGACGGUACCGGCUCAAACGCCGAUCCCAAGAAAGGAUGUCAUCAUAGAUGGUAUGGCAAGGAGUACCAUCUUUUCGCCCAUGAAUUUGAUCGAUGGAUUUUAUCAGAUCCUCAUGCGCGAACGGGAGAUUCCUUCCACAGUAGUGAGCACCCCCAGUGGUAUGCUCUGGAAGCGUCAAGUGGUGCCACAGGUGCUAAGUAACGCCUUUGCAACGUUCAACACAUGUGUUUCGAAUCUGUUGCGGUCGGUGCGCGACUUCACACCGAGUUACUUCUACGAUGUCUACGUCCGUAGCCGGGCUAUGGAUGGAAAGACGGACGGGAAGGUUCGUAGAAUCCACUUCCGGAAGGUCCUUACUCUAAUGCGAGAGCUUAAAUUGUUCGCGAACAUCAAAAAGUGUAUAUUCACAGCGAACGAAAUACCACUUCGUGGCUGCAUCGUGGGUAACAAUGGUGUAUACCCUGAUCCAGAAAAGAUCAAGAAGAUUAGCGAUUGGCCUUUGCCAGUCGACUAA